UGCUUUUAGGCCCAUCAGGGCCCGUUCCUUCAAGGUGCCGCCCGCUAGCCUUCCCUAAGCUUUCCGCUUUAUAGGCCCUACUGCCGCCCACUGUACUUAGCACCCACACCUCGCAAUCGAAGAGCUCUGUCUCUUCAGGAUCACGACACCUCGAGAAGCACGUCCUUGCAAGCAGUUGAAGGUUUUCGCCGGACUACUAGUCGCUUCGAAGCAGGGGAAGGAGCGCAGCACUCUUGACGCAACCUACAUCCCGAUCCAGCUUUCAAGUUCCAUCCAAGAAAGACUACCUGUAUGCUGCAAAGGAACCCUGUCUCGGCCAUCUACAGCCUAUUUCACCUUAGGAGACACCCCUCACACACUGACCUAAGCCCUGGUCGCAGCCUCCUUUGCGUCCUGUCCUGGCCCUAGUCGACCAGCGACCCUGGUCCGACAUUGUCUCCUUCAAGUCGACUAAUUCGGCUUGCCCAGUGUCUUUUGGUUUGUCCUCAGAGGUCCGUCGUGCAUCCCACACUCAUCUGCACCUCCACAACGCCGCCCACCAUCGAGACGACCUCGCUCUUUCAUAUGCUCCCUACCUCCCUCCAAGCCACGACUCCAGUUUGACAGACUGUACAUCCCAUACAGUCUGGCUGCUCACCCAUCUGAGGAUCUGGUAGACGUCUGCCGGUGCGAGCGGAAUCUUGGGGCCUUGCGGAUACUUGCAUCCUGACCCGCCAACGUCGGUACGGAGUACAUUGGCAUGCAUCGCCAUAGCAGCAUAACAUCCACACCACCAGAUCAUUAUUUGGAAACCUGAAGCUCGAUGCAGGCCUUGAUGAACAUGCCGUCGGAGCACCAGGACUCUCACCAUUCUGGCUACGGCCAAAGUGGCUGGAUGAACGUCCAUGGAGCAUACUCUGCCAGUCCUCAAACAUCCAUGUCACCAAUGCACGAGCUUUCUUCAUUCGACUACCAAACGACAGCCCCGAUGCCCAUGGAACCGGCUUACAAUAUGCACCGACCAUCACCUUUCGCAGCGUCACACCCGCAGAUGCUACCGCCUCUGAUGACACCGCACAGCGGACUAUGGCCCAGCAUGUUAGCAAGUCAACCUGGCUCAGCCUACCAUGCUCCUAUUCAGCCUGCUGGACCACUUCAGACACCAUUGUCGGCGAGCACUGCAUCUGACAUGACGCCAACCAGCGCAAAAACCACCACGUCUCGGCGCAAGUUAACGGACGAGGAGCGUCGUCAGAUGUGCAUCGAAGCUGAGCAGAAUCCCAACAUGAAGCAGACUCAGAUAGGAGCCAAAUUUAAUGUCGAGAGGAGCACAGUGUCGAAGAUCCUGCGGCAGCGGGACAAGUAUAUGAAUCCACCACCGAAGGAAGAGAGCAUAAGCCCAACGGGCAAGAAAUCCAAGGCGAAGCUACCAGAUUUUGAGAAGACCCUAACCAACUGGGUCAAAAACCAGCAGAACAAGGCACUACCAAUCACUGAUGAGGACCUUCGCAAGCAAGCCCAGGUGUUCUCCUUCAGCAGAAGCGAUCAGGCUGUAGUAUCGAGUGCGGCGUGGCUCGAGGCAUUUAAACGCAAGAAUCACCUGGUCGCUGCUGAUAGAGGCGACGGGGAGUCCACUCUGGUGAAUUCCAGUACCACUUCUGUGACGCAGACGCCAGUGAACGGCUCGCCUACAUCAUCCGAUGGUCUGGUCUCGCCUCCAAUGUGCGCCAUUGACGAGUUGGGACACGACGCAGGCCUGAAAACAGAAGACGCGAACGACUUUUUCGACUUUGAAGGAGGUAAAGGCACAUUCGAUCAUUCUCCUGCUCUGGACCACGAUCUUGGGGAACCGGCGCUGGCGGACGACCCGUCGCCCAUGUCAUCAGCUUUGGCACGCGGCGAUCACGGUAGCAUGGCCAUGAUAGACAGCCCGGGAGAUACCACCGCGAGCUCAAGUCGCCAGAGGAGUCAGACCUUUCCUCACGUCCCCAGUAUCAGCACGGGUACUCGACCAUCAUCAUCUGAUCAAAGAACUCCAUCCUUACCAGUAAGAUCAUUAUCAUCUACCAAUAACACUGGACCGUCGGCCAUCGACCCGCGGCAGAUGAUGAAGAGACACAAAAGCGUGCCCGACAUCCACUACCCCGAACAGGCACGUUUCUCACCCAUGCCACCACCGCCGUUACCUAGAUCUGCCGACACGUCGCCAGUCAGCCAUCCCGCAACACCUGCCGAAGAUGACAAUAUUCGCGCUCUUCACGCCAUCAAGGCGCUUUUGGAGCAGCAUCCCAAUGUUGCGGAACCGGAUGACUACCUGGCGAUUGGGAAGUUGAUGGAGAAGCUGAAGCUGUUGCGAGCUCCAUCUACAACAUUACUUCCCGGCGGAAUGCACCCGAUUGAUAUUGUGGACAGCCCCAGAAUCUCCAAGAAAAGAACCAUUCUUGGUAUUUCGACAUAGUUCUGGGCCACAUGUCUUAUUUUUCUUUCGACUUUUGGCGUGUUUCCUUGCAACUUUCUCUGAAGCAUUCACCACCAUUGAUAUGCAAGCACAGUUUUUGAAAUAUUGGACAAUCCUUUGACCAUGAGCGAGGAGCACGGGAUCAAAUUGGGAGCACAGACACGCAAGCGAACAUUUACUUAUCAGCUAUUUCAACGACCCAGCCGACGUCCAGGGCAGAGGGUGUAUAGCAGGAGCCGGGAGUCGCACGUUUUCAUUUCCUCGUUACCACGAUACCAGUCCCGGAAUGCGAAAGAGCAGGCUGCCUUUACGAAUUUUUCAGGUACAGCUACAGUAACAGUCUACGCCUGCAGAUGACGAGACCCUUAGACAUACCCCAAGCCUCACCGCGAAAUCUCCUUUUUCAUCUACGGGGGCAUGUUUGCAUGGGGAGAAAGGGAUGGGGAACGCAAACGAGCAGGGGAAUUGUUUCGACCGGGGAAUUUGGUUUUUUCCUGGCUUUUCUUUCUUUCUUCGCAGUGGGAGACUGCGCCGAUGUGUAGGAUCAGAUGGAUUUCCUUUUUCUCUUUCGCGUGGACCUUGAGUCAAGAGGCAAGAGGGUCUCGUGAGGACAUUGACAAGGGACAGGGACGACCGAGACUGUCGAUAUGGAGGACAUGAACAUAUAGCUUUUUCUUCUAUCUCUCCUUUGCAAAGGUAUUUCGGUGAACGAUAAUUGUUUCUGUGUAUGCAUGCAGCGGCUUGAUAACGACGACCCUUAAAGAUAGGAUAUGAAGAAACAUUCCC